AUGACCGCUGCCAAAACUGGCCAAGCCAAAAAUAAGGCAAAGGUUGCCGCAGAGUCAGAGCCGAAGGCCCCGGCUAAGGACCAGCUGCCAGAGUCAGAGAAGGUGCCUGUGCAGAAGAUUCCGCCACCUCCAGAGUCUGCAGACCAAGGGCAGCUUGCAGCAGAGUCACUGGAGCCCCCAGCUCUUCCGGCCAAGGAUGAGGAGGCCAAGAGGAUGUCUGCAUUGAGUGUCAUGCAGCAGGUGAUCAAAUAUGUUCACCGUCGCUGGGCUGUGGAGUGUGGCCUUUCCGGAGAGUCAAAGCUUAAGGACCUGGCGCCGCUUUCCAUCGAGAAAAACAAGGCUGUGCAAACAAACUUUCGAGAGUCAUGGAGCCCUACAUCCUGUCAAGUGUCAAUGGAGCGAAGAGACAUGUACGAGGCCGGAGGGUCACUCUUUUGGUUGGAUGGGUUGGUCACGCUUGCUGGCUGGAAGGAUGAGCCUGUCUUGGUGGAACCUCCAUCCAUGUGGGAGGUUUUGGAGGCCGAAGAGGUCCUUGUGCCAGAGUGUCAGAACCAACUUUACUUUGGCGACCCCUUCUUGGCCUUCGUGCAGAACUAUGGCAACGGAGUCAGCUUCCCAAGCGGGAUGAGGCUGAUGAGGGGUAUCCUUCCCCUUUUUGCCUGGUAUGUUGCUGCAUGCAGAGUCAUCCUGGAGCCUCUGAGCAAGGCCAGAACUGAGAGGUUGACGGCACUGCACACCAUGGCACUGACAGUGUCAAUCCGAGCCUACUACUACAACCCCAGAGAAGGCAAGAGCAACAUCAUCCUGCGAUCUUUGCAGAAUUCCGAGAAGAGCAAGAUCACUGCUCCUGGUGACUCCUUUCAGAUGUUUGUGAAGAAAUUGGGUCAGUUCAUGGAGUCUGCCCCCAAAGAAGAGUCAGACUCACAGCCCAAGUUGCUCAAGUUCCUUGUGGACAGGAACAUUCGCUUCAAUGGCAGCCUUGUCAACCGCACGCUUCUUCAAGCCUCGGUGAACUUUUACAAGCUGCUGACUCCAGGGAUAGAGUCAACACUGGAUGCAAUUCAGCGCGAAUUUGGGCGUGCUGUUUGGUCUGCCGGCUACAACAAGAUCAUGCGUCUGUGUCAGAUCGCAGCCAAGAUGGCCGGUGAUUGGCCCACGGAAGUGUCAGUGUCAGACUUGGUGCACUUUGCCCUGGACUGCUGCUUGAUGCAGCUUCGCCGCAAACAGUGUGGGCCUGAGUUCUACAAGAUGGAGACCUUGGUGACGGAGAGAUCUGGCUGGGUGCCUAUCACCUGCUUGAAGUGUUACCUCAUCAUGCACCUGUUGUCGGUGUCAAAGGCAGCCGCCGAGAAAGAGUCCGAGUCAAAAAGUGCUACUUCGCGGCUACCAAAAAAACUUCUGCACGAGGCAAUGCAGAAGGUGGCUUCUCCUUCGUCCUACGACGAGAAUGUCCCCUUGCCACGGUCGGAGGAGGCGGAGGAUGUCCUUGAGGAAGGGCCAGGGCCAGCGUCAGCGUCAGCGUCAGCUUCCAAGCCCAACGAAGAGCAAGCUUGCGCAGACGCAAUGGCCAGGGUCACAGAGAUGCUCUCAAAGGCGGGCCGCGCUUGUGUCGAGCUGGUGCGGGACCUCAUGGAGGGCAAGCACGAAGACGCACUCGCCAAGCUGACCAGUGUCAAAGACCCCCUGUACCACCUGAUGGAAGGGUCAGCGUCAGAUGCAAAGCAUUUGGGAAAAGCUUUCAGAGCGUCAGUGUCAACCAUGGUUGCUUCGGCUUUCGCGUCAGAGUCAGGUGACGCUCCUGUGAGUUUUCGGGAGUUGGCCCGUAAGUUGUCGGAUCCAGAGCAGCCUGACGAAGCUCAGAAGGUGCAGCGUCAGAAGGUCUGGCAGCAGGCGCAGCAGUUGCGCAAAAAGACGGUGCAGCUGGCGCUGUGGAAGGGCACCGUCGACUCCUUGAAGACGCUCGUCGACAAGUCCGUCUUCAAGCAGUGUCAAGGCAAGCUCAACGAAACCCACAGGGUCAUCUUCUUCUCCGCGGACCUCUUGGAUGAAGCCAAAGGCACCUGGCAAAGGCCAGUGUCAAUCGCAAAAGACAGCGCAGACCCGAUCAUGAAGUUCCUUGAAGACUUCACUUGGAAGGAGCACGACAUCCUCGUGCUCUUUGAUGGUGGCAACCAAGCCAACAGAGACUACCUCCGUGCAAGUGUCGGCGCCAAGGGUCAAAAGAAUUUGAAUGAGUUCGUGCUGCUGUACUCUCGCAGAAGCAGGAUGUCCAGAAGCCGCAAAGUGUUCUGUGCCAGCCAGCGCAUGGAGACUGGCAUCAUCAAGACCUUCGUUCCACGAAUCAGAGUCAAUGUGAAGGAGCGAACUGACAUGUAUGCCAUCCCGACGCCGGACAAGAAGGAGGUAGCCACGACCCACGACCUGAGCAUGGUGGGGUUGCCGCCUCUUGAAAGACGCCCCAAAAUCAGCGUCACUGAGAAGGCCAAGAUAUGGAGUGACAUCGAUGAGCCCCCCAAGUACAGGCUGGAAAGUGUCCCCAUCUACUGGGCAGAGUCAAAGCCCUGGGACUGCUGGGACACAUUGUUGGCGUGCUUGGACGCCGGCGCCGUCCUCGAUUUGACCCCAGGGUCAGGCCUACUUGCCAGUGUUUGCAUGGCUGCUGGCAUAUCCUACACCGGCAUCACCAGGUCGGAAGACUUGUCGGAGUCAGUGAGAAAGCUCUUCGAUGACGUCUUGAGGGAGCUGAAUGAUGCCGAGCUCCAAGAGUCAGACGAGGAUGACAUGGGUGACGAGGAUAUGGCUGACUGA